GGCGGAGCGCGCGGGCGGCGGCCGGAGCGGCGGCGGCGGCAGCGGACGGGCCAUGCGGGGCCCACGCUCCGGGCUCUGCCCGCUCCUCUUCAUCCUCCUCCUGCUCCCGCUCCUGCCGGCGGCUGCCGCGCUCGCCGCCGUCUCCGCCCGCCCGUGCGUCCCCCCGGCGCUGCGCCGCGGGCCGCUCGCGGUACCAGCGCGCUCCGGAGCCCGCGCGGGGCCGUCCGGGACCGCGGAGCCCGACGUCGGGGCGCAGGAGACCGGGGGCUCUGCGCGGCUGCCGGGGGCUGGCAGAGCACCCGCUGUGCCCCCCCGCGAUGCCGCCGGACCGCCGGAGCCCGCCGCGGCUCCCGUGCGGAGCAGACGCUCCCCCCAGGAGCUGCCCGGGGCCGGCGCCGCUCCCAGGAGGCGCAAGAGGGACUGGGUGAUCCCCCCCAUCAAGGUUCCUGAGAAUGAGAGGGGCCCCUUCCCCAAAAAGCUGGUUCAGAUCAAAUCCAACCGGGACAGAGAGACCAAGAUCUUCUACAGCAUCACGGGGCAGGGGGCAGACGCCCCCCCCGAGGGCAUCUUCACCAUCGAGAAGGAGUCGGGCUGGAUGAAGGUGACGCAGCCACUGGACCGGGAGCACAUCGACAAGUACCACCUCUUCUCCCACGCCGUGUCUGAGAACGGCAAACCGGUGGAGGAGCCGAUGGAGAUCAUAGUGACGGUGACGGACCAGAACGACAACAAGCCCCAGUUCACGCAGGAGAUCUUCAGGGGCUCCGUGCCCGAGGGUGCUUUGCCAGGCACCUCCGUGAUGCAGGUGACGGCCACGGACGCAGAUGACGCGGUGGAGACAUACAACGGCGUCAUCGCCUACUCCAUCCUCAGCCAGGAGCCGCGGGAGCCACAUCCCCACAUGUUCACCGUCAACAGGGCCACCGGCACCCUCAGCGUCAUCGCCAGCGGCCUGGACCGGGAGCGCGUGCGGGAGUACACACUGACCGUGCAGGCGGCCGACCUGGAUGGCGAGGGGCUGACCACCACGGCGCUGGCCGUGAUCGAGAUCGCGGACAUCAAUGACAACGCCCCCGAGUUCGACCCCAAAACGUACGAGGCGGCGGUGCCGGAGAACGAGGCCGGGCGGGAGGUGGCCCGUCUGACCGCCACCGACCUGGACGAGCCGAACACGCCGGCCUGGCGAACCGUCUACUCCAUCCUGCGUGGCAACGAGGGGGGAGCUUUCACCAUCGCCACCGACCCGGCCAGCAACGAGGGCGUCCUCCGCACUGCCAAGGGUCUGGACUACGAGGCCAAGAAGCAGUUUGUGCUCCACGUGGCCGUGGCCAACGAGGCGCCCUUUGCCGUGAAGCUGCCGACGGCCACUGCCACGGUGACGGUCAACGUGGAGGAUGUCAAUGAGGCACCCGUCUUUGACCCCGCGGUGCGGCUCGCCCAGGUGCCCGAGGAUGUGCCGCCGGGGCAGACCCUCACCUCCUGCACCGCCCAGGACCCCGACAAGGCCCAGGGGCAGAAGAUCAAGUACAUGAUGGGGCAUGACCCGGCGGGCUGGCUGGCCGUGCACCCCGAGAACGGGCUCGUGACGGCGCGGGACCACCUGGAUCGCGAGUCCCCCUUCACCAAGAACAGCACCUACACUGCCGUGCUGUUGGCCGUGGAUGAUGGCUCACCACCUGCCACGGGCACCGGCAUGCUGCUCCUCACGCUGCUGGACGUGAACGACCACGGCCCUGAGGCCGAGCCCCGGGACAUCACCGUCUGCAACCGCAGCCCCCAGCCCCAGGUCCUCAGCAUCACCGACAGGGACCUGCCCCCUAACACCGGCCCCUUCCGUGCCGAGCUCACCCAUGGCUCGGGGGACAGCUGGGCCGUGGAGGUCAGCGACCAAGACGACACCGUCACCCUGCAUUUGGUGGCGCCGCUGGAGCCGGAGCUGUACAGCGUCUACCUGCGGCUCCUGGACCGGCCGGGCAAAGCCCAACUCACUGUCAUCACUGCGCGCGUCUGCGACUGCGAGGGGCCGGCGCAGAGCUGCCCCCAGAGCCGCCAGUCCGCCACCGGCCUGCCCUUUGUCCUCGCUGCCCUCGGAGCCCUCCUGGCCUUGCUGCUCAUCCUGCUGCUGCUGCUCCUCUUCGUGAGGAGGAGGAAGGUGACGAAGGAGCCGCUGCUGCUGCCUGAAGACGACACACGGGACAACAUCUUUUACUACGGGGAGGAAGGCGGUGGGGAGGAGGAUCAGGACUAUGACCUGCGGCAGCUGCACCGGGGCCUGGACGCGCGCCCGGAGGUGAUCCGCAACGACGUGGCCCCCACGCUGAUGCCGGCCCCCCAGUACCGACCCCGGCCUGCCAACCCCGACGACAUUGGCACCUUCAUCGACGAGAACCUGAAGGCGGCCGACACAGACCCCACGGCCCCCCCGUACGACUCCCUGCUGGUGUUUGACUAUGAGGGCAGCGGCUCGGAGGCCACUUCUCUCAGCUCCCUCAACUCCUCUGCCUCGGACGGUGACCAGGACUACGACUACCUCAACGACUGGGGCAGCCGCUUCAAGAAGCUGGCGGAGCUCUACGGCGGCGGGGAGGAGGAGGACUAGGAGCCCCCAGCCCCAGCCCCCAGCCCCCUGCCCCACGCCUUAUCGCUGCCCGUGCCUUGGGGCUGCCCCCUCCCGCCGUGCCCCCGCCUCGGCGCCAGCCCCCCACCCCCUUCCUCUCUUCGGUUUCCUUUGGUCUUGCUGAUUUGUUUUGUAAGGAUGGAAUAAAGGCCGUGUGAUGCUCCAGCCAAGGUGAGCAGCUGCUGGUGUGAGUUUUAAUAAAGUGAGUGGGGUUUUGUUUAAGAUGC